GUCGCGGCGGGCGGGGAGGGCGCGCGCGUGCGCGCUCGAGAGGCCGUUGCUCCUCCGAAGGCCUGGCGCGUGGGGCGGCGCGCGGAGCUGGUGAGAAGAAAAAUUGUUUUUCGUGAUCUAUUUAUCACGCGGAUGAGAUACAAGUCAGUAAGCCAGGCAGAAGCUGAUGUCAUCGGGAGCACCGGCAGAAAGCACCAUGGCCCCUCAUGCACCUGAGGUGGAAGCGAAGGUGAAGUCGUGUGACAGGCAAGUAGAAAGACAGGAGGAAGGCGCAGGCAAAGCAGAAUGCCUCGAGCCCAUGUCCAAGAGGCAAAGGAAGAAACUACUGAAGCAAAAACAGUGGGAAGAACAGAAGGAUCUCCGAAGGCAGAAACGAAAAGAAAAACGCCAGAAGAGAAAAUUAGAACGUCAAUCAAAAUCAGACACCAAUAAUGAAGGGAAUGACAGAAAGCGUAUGCGAAGGGAAGUUGUUCCCAGCACGCUUCGCCUCGUUGUGGACUGCAGCUUUGAUGACUUGAUGGUGCUAAAGCUUCUGGCUCAUGGUAAAGCAUUUUGUGGUGGUCUGUCUGAAGGACUAUGUAAAAACAAAUUGUGUUGUAUACAGGAUGUUAAGAAGCUUCACAAGCAAAUUCAGAGAUGUUAUGCCGAAAAUCGCAAAGCAUUCCAUCCUGUGCAGUUUUACUUGACCAGCCAUGGAGGACAGCUGAAGAGCAACAUGAAUGAAAAUGACAAAGGAUGGGUCAACUGGAAGGAUAUCCAGAUUAGAACAGAGCACUACAGUGAGCUAAUAAAGAAAGAAGACCUAGUGUACCUCACCUCAGAUUCCCCAGAUGUUCUCAAUGAGCUUGAUGAGAGGAAGGCUUAUGUGAUUGGAGGACUGGUGGAUCAUAAUCACCACAAGGGAAUUACUUACAGAAAGGCUGUAGAGCAAGGAAUUGGUCAUGCACAGCUCCCUCUGGGAAACUUUGUGAAGAUGAACAGUCGGAAGGUGUUAGCAGUCAAUCAUGUGUUUGAAAUCAUCCUCGCGUACCUGGAGAAGAGAGACUGGAAGGAGGCCUUUUUCAGUGUCUUGCCACAGCGGAAAGGGGCAGUUCCAUUGGGAGAAGCCAAUGAUUCAUCCCAACAUGCUCUGUCUGAGAAAGAAGGUGAAGACAAUGACUCAGACAGCAACUAGCCUGCAGCAUAAGAAGAUGGGAAAGAUGAGACGUGCAAUUUGUGGGAUAACACUGAGACACAAAGCAGUUAAGCUCUGAAGAUCAUCUGCUGCUCUUGUGAUACUUAAUUGUCUCAAUGCUUGGUAGCUUUGGAGUUGGGUCAAAGUUGUUCUUGGACAGAAAGGGUAAAAACAAAUGCAGUUUUUAUCCUGAAACUUCUAUAUUAAUAGCUUAAAAAAAAAAUAAAUGAAUAGCAAAUGCAGAAUUUAUUUUCUUUACCAAGGAAGCUAUGUUAUUUAUGUUGGUUUUAUUUUUUUUAAUAAUUGCUUGGGUAUAUUACCCAAAAUACUUAAUCACUGUUUUAAUGUUGCAUUCAUCUCUGUUUCAGUUCUAAGCAGUGAAUUACAAAUAAUCCUGUGACCUCAAAACCUAUACCACUUGUGCCUGUUGCAAGACAUUCACUUAAAGACAGAAAUAACUCUGAUUUUUCUGAGCAUCUCAACAGACAGUCACAAGCAACUGGGCUGCCUUUAUCAGCUGAGCCACUCCAUUUUAUACCCCUGAUUUUAGUUAGUUGUAGUCAGAGGAGGAGAUAAAAGUGUGGGGUCAAGCCAUUGCUUAAUGCUUCAGUUUGAGUAAAUGGGUGUCUGUGUACAUGCGAAGCAUGUGCCUUGGCUGGUGUGUGAUACAUUUGUUGGUUCAUGUGCAGUGAGUUCAGGUGACACGAUCACUUUUUAUAUAUUUAUCAUCUUAGUAAAAUUUAACCUGCAGUGUCAGAAUAAUACUGGAAGUCAGGAUCUCUUAGUUACAAGUCUUAUUCUUCAGUUUCAGUAUACCUGUUUUUUUUUUUUGUUUGUUUUUUUGGUUGGUUGUUUUUCUGUUUUUUCCCCAUUAUGUUAACUGUGUUGUCUGUCAAAUACUUUGCUUUUUUCUUUUUUCCUUUUAAAGCCAUAGUUUCUGUCUUGGCUGGAAGCUGUAAACCACUUUGUGCUUUUUCCAAGUUCAGAAAUGGACACUUUGGAGAUGUGGCUUCGCUUCUCACCUGUGAGAAUGUGCCCCAUUCCCUUGCUUUGUAGGGGCUGUCCAAGUAGCUGCUGGGGCAUUUUGGACUGUGAAAAAGUAUGGCUCUCACACUGAUUGCUGAAGAGCUAAAACCCACAUUACUGUGACUGCUUGUCUCUGCUGACCUGGAAUCAGAAGAGAUGCAAAUGUGACUUUGUAUCUGUAUUCCUUCCUCUGCUAUUGCUUUUUAAUUGAGAAUGGAAGUGAGAUCCCUGCAGAGUCCUCAUGGUCCCUAAAGGGUUGGCAGCAAACUGGUCAUGACUUCUUAAACCUCUCCCUAUACUUUUAAAAUAACCACAGAAAAGUUUCUUCUUUUGAAAGGAUGGCGUUUUUCCUCAAGUACUUCUUGGUUUGGUUUUGUUAAGCUACAUAAAAACAUGAUUUCUUUAGUUACAGCAAGACUAGCUUCAUAAAGGCACUGCUGGUAUUGUAUCUGUAACAAGCAGUGUAAGUAUACCCACUAUUUAUUACACUGAGUUCUGACAAAAAUUUGUGAAACUUUAAAAUUGCAAGGAGGUCUUUAUCUUUACAGCUGAGACACUGCAUGUUAAUGUACAUAGCACCUAUUAAACCUGGUCUAAGACUCUUCAGUCUCUUAAAGGUUUUUUUUAAGGCUUAUUUCAUAUGUGUGCCUCAUUCAGGAGAUAAACUGGGGACUUUAGAGACGCUUGAAUGGGUCCAGUGGCAUUUUAUGAAAUUAUUCUGGUGACAAAGCAUUUUUGUUUCAUGAAGGAAUUGUAUUACAGCCUAAAAGACAGCCUGUCUUGCGUGUGCAGCAGUGAAAACAGAAAAAUGCACAUUUUUAAAUCAAGCUGUUGCAAAUCUGGAGCUUUCCUAUCUGUGGAUAAAUCCAGACCAUAUUCCUGUCCUUGCUUUAAUCUACAGGAUGUAUGAAUGACUGCAAGAUUUGAGUGAUGCCUACCUGCAGUGCUUCCAACAGAUUUGGAGUAAGUACCUGCAAUUUAGAGGUCCAGUAUCCCUGCAGCAGACAGUAGUUACCUGUAGUACUUACAAGCAUGUAGCCAGACUGUGACUGACACAAAGCAGGUGAAAGUUGUGAGUUUGUGGGAGACCUGGGCAGUGAUUGCCAGCAAGUUCUAAAGUCGAUAGGAUUUAUGUGGUCUUACAAAACAAGGAAACACUGUCUGGAAGUGUCACUUGGCUCCCACUUCCUGUUUUCUAACACAUUUAACUUCAAAUUAGGAAAAGUCUAGCAUGUUGCUUUUGUAAAACUUCGAGUGUUGCUCCAUAAUAUCACAGUAGUGAUAUUAUGACCAAUCACUGGGUGUUCAUUCACGUUGUCUAAAUCACUUUGGUUUUUGUGUCCUUUCUAGUGCCUUUGACAGUAAUUUCUGUAGCUGUUGUUUACCUUUUCUCUGAUCAUGCUAACCUCAUUGGUCAUACUAUGCUGAAGUCUGUGCAUCUUGUCACGCACUGUCUCUACAAGAUGCUGUUCUCAGGUUGUGUCAACUGCUGUAGAUGGAGCAGUAAGGACUUGUACUUCUUGUGAUGUGAUGACCUGGACAAGGUUUUCUUCCAGAGGUAGGACAAGAUUAUCGACAAAACGAUUGCAGCACAAAAGUGGGGAGACCUGUAGCCCCUGCCAUAAUGCAUCUGCUCAUCAGACAGACCAGGAAUGUAGUCCUCCUGUCUCUCUAAUAUCUUUUUGCUUUGUGGAAGUGCAGAAUGGUAGGAUGGCCGUCUGAUGACAUUCCUGGGAAAACCAUCCUGAGUAGUGUUGGUCUUGUCCUGUAUUUCACUUGGAUGUGUAUGUUGUCCUUUUUUAUUUUCCAGUUUCCCUGAAUGUUUGACUGCCCCCAUGAAAAAGAGCAUGGGCUUCUCAAGUAGUACAUCUUAGCACCUUGUCACUCUGCAGUGGUGGGCAGGAAACAAGUGAUUUAAAAAAAACAUGGGAUUUGUGAGAAAUGGUAGGACUUUGAAUUUGGCUUCCAAGCUGCUUGAAUUGUAUCCUGUAAUAUGACAUGGUGCACUUCUGACAGUUGUGCUGCAGGCAUGACAGCAAAAUUACUCAUGGGAAGGCUGGGCAUAUCACUUAGAGAAAGCUGCCUAAACAACAGCAAUGAUUCCAGCUGUUAAAAAUGAGAGAUGGCCACUGCUAUUCCAGGUCCAAGUAAAUCCCCAGUAAAAGACAGGUAUGAGAUCUGAACUGAAGGCAGUGAAUGAUGAGUGCUGUCAGCUAUUUGUUCAGUGAGUAAGUUACGUAAUAAAGAUACUCAAAUCUAUUAGAAUAAUAAGUUUUUUUUUUCAGAACUGCUUAUUGAAGUAGUUUUCAAUGCAUAUUUUUUUUUUCCUGAAAACUCUGAAACUUUGUCCAUAUUUAGUUAUUGCAGUGAAGUGUAUAACUUUUCUUUUUGAACUGCACACUGCAGAGAUAAAUUGAGUGGGCCCAGUGUGCAGUGACAGUAUAACCUCUCUGAAGAGGAAUGGAAAUAAAUACUUUCAGGGGAGGUUGAUUUGCUACCCGAGUAGUUCAUGAACCAUUUAGAAAUGUUUAACAUUGAUGCAUGACUAUUUAAAUUAGCUUACUGUCUGAUUCUUCUCAGUAACAGAGGAUGGUUCCAAAAGGCUGUAGACUCCCAGCUGUUGGUGGUAAGAACAAAUGAUAGUUCUGAAGAUGAGGCAUCUAAUUUUGUUACAGAACAAAGAAAUGCAGCUGCCUCACCAGAAUAGUCUUUCAAGGAUCUCCAUCCUUGCUGUGCCUUGGUGUUUGUGAGAAUCUGUUUCAGCUCUUCCUGUUAGAGAAUCUACAUCAUCAAUAGAGCAGGCAGGUAGGACCAGGGAAGGAGUCAAGACAAGUGAACAGCAUGACUGGGUAACGCUUGUAUUAGGCUGUAGCCUGUUGAUCUGGUGUGACUUUUGCCAUUCUUUAUCCUCUAAACAUAAAUAACUUUUAUUCUAGUCUUAAGAUUCACGCAUUGAAACUUGUUUGUCCUUUAUGCUUGCAGCCCAGGCGGCCAACCGUAUCCUGCGUUGCAUCAGUAGAAAAAUGGCCAGCAGGUUGAGAGAGGUGAUUCUGCCCCUCUGUUCUGCUCUUGUAAGACCUCACCUGGAGUACUGCAUCCCCCAAUACAAGGAUGUGAAGCUGUUGUAGUGGGUCGAGUAGGGGGCCGUGAAGAUGAUCGGAGGGCUGGAGGACCUGCCUUAUGAGAACAGGCUGAGAGAGCUGGGAUUCUUCAGCCUGAAAAAGAGAAGGCUCUAGGGGACCAUAUAGAGGCCUUCCAUACCUGAAGGGGUUUACAAGAAAGCUGGGGAGGGACUUUUCAUAAGGGCCUGUAGUGGCUGGAAGAGAGGAAAUGGCUUUAAACUGGAAGAGGGUAGAUUUAGACUAGAUAUUAGGAAGAAAUUCUGUACCAUGAGGGUGUUGAGAUGUUGGAACAGGUUGCCCAGUGAGGUUGUGGAUUCCCCCUCCCUGGAGGUGUUCAAGGCCAGGCUGG